UAGUAACAGCAGCAUCCACAGUUUCACAGUCCCAUUAAAAGCCAGUCAAAUCAUGUUCUUUUUUAGAAUUUAAAGUAAUCCUACCAUAGUUUUAACCUUAUGCAAAAUCUGCUUUUACGUUUCUACUAGUUUCUAUACAGUCCUCAGAGAGGGAUCACUUGGCAUUUGGCUUUUGACAUAAAACCACAUUUGGUCUUCGUUUCUAGGCAGCCAGAAGGUGAACUCAACAUUGUUUACACUGUUCAGAGGCAGAAUGAAAACACCUCACGCACUGAACUACCGACACUUUACUGCAAACUACAAGUUAACACAUUUCAUUUAAGGAAACAGAUUGCCUUAAACCAUUUAAUUGUGAUCUAGACAGGUAGAAAAUGGACAAAUACCACAGAUGGGCAUAAACAUAAUUUGUACAAAAAAAGUUUAUUCUUUAGGAUAAAUCUAAAUUUCAAAUAAAAUGAUAAAAACCACGAUAAUCCUGUCUUACUGAAAUAGUUCACUGUGAUAAUUCACUGUGAACCCACUAUUUCCCAAGAAUGUAUUGAUUAAUGUAGACUGUCAUUGGUUAGCACUCAGCUAACAUAUCCAGCAUUAUUGUUUUUAGCAGCUAAACUUUAGCUGUGGGCACAAUUUGCUUGCACAAGUGUUUUUAUGUCAUUAUUUUAAGAACGUAUUGGAGCAGGCUUAUGAAACGGAUGGGAGGGGUUUACAGACAUUACGCUUAAAACUGAUUCAAACGAACCGUUUUGAAAUCAUUGACAAAUGACUAUAUUCUGAGAAAAUUGCAAAGUUUUCUGACUCCAACACAAUAUUAUUACACUUUAAAAAAAACAUAUAACCUGCUCUUUAACGGCUGUUUUCUCACUGCUGUCAUUUGCCUUUUUUAUUUUGUUGUUGAGAAGCACGCAGCACAUAUUUGCAUAUUCAUCUAAAUGCCGUUGACUGUGUCAGGAUGUGCACAUGUGCAACGGAAAACCCCAGCUCAGGUAUUUCCUUUUUACCCCUUGGUGAAGAAAGAGAAGCAACUUCACUUGUGCACCCUGUUUUAUUUGAUGAAAUGACAUCUAUCAAAGUCUGAUCAUGUUUGUGGAAGUGUAGAUAAACAGUUGCUGUUGCUUUGGCUAGAAAAGUUUACAAAACCAUCUUUAAAGAGUUUCGACUCCACAAAUUCAAGUCCACUUUUACCCUCCCCAGGAGUGGUCCACCAACAAUGACUACUCUAAAAGCAAGACGUAAAAUAAAACUUUUUGGUUUAAAUGAGGAGCGUUAUGUUUGGAGAAAGAAAAAUACUUCAUUCCAACAUAAGAACCUUAUCCCAUCUGUGAAACAUGGUGGUGGUGGUAGUAUGUUGUUUUGUUGCAUCUGGGCCAGGAUGGCUUGCCAUCAUUGAUGGAACAAUGAAUUCUGAAUUACCAGUACAUUCUAAAUGAAAAUGUCAGGACUUCUAUCAGUGAACUGAAUCUCAAAUGAAAGUGGGUCAUGCAGCAUGAUUACCUACAAAUUUUGCUGCAAAAGGGGGUUAAACCAGACGCUGAAAGCAAAGAUUCACAUACUUUUGCAAUGCACAGAUAUGUAACACUGGACAGAAAACAUUCUUGUCUUAUUUAUUUGAUUGGGUUCUUUUUGUCUACUUUCAGGACUUCUGACAAAAAUCUGAUGAUGUUUUGAGUCAUAUUUUAUGAAGAAAUAUAGAAACUUCCCAGCAGCACUAAAUAUAAAAACAGAGAACUUGAUUUUAUUUUAGCAGGGCUGAAAAGUUAGGGUUAGGGUUAGUCAUUUUGAAGCUAUACAUAUAGAUUUAAGAUUAUGCUUUAUAACCACACAGUAUCAUUAAUGGCGUCUCAAAUAUCACUGUAGUAAAAGUGUCAUUGUUGACAGUGGGCGUAACUGUACCUAGUCGUAGUUCACAUGGUUUAAACAUAAGGCGUAGAGCUUACACCAAACUUUUUUAAAUCCAUGCAACCGUAAUGCAGUCGACUUGAGCCUUUGGAUAUGACACUCUCCGAACAGAGUCCCAGCCCCACUCCAUAUUUCGAUGCAGGCAAUUAUGCGUGGUGUAAAUAAGAAAACAGUGGCAGUUUUGCUGGUGGUCUUGCCGCUCGUAGCCGUGCUCAUUCACCACUGGAACUCAUACACCGUAACAACGAUUGACGUGCUACAAGGACCGGACCAUUUAAAAGUGCUGCUGGAGGAAAGGACACAAAACAUGGGCCACAAAAAUGACCACAUUCCUUACCACAUCAAAGACAGCAUGUCAAAGAGUCUUGCCAAUAACGGGUGUGUUUGUGAAGGCGACAAACCAGGCAUUAAUGUCCCAUUUGUGCAGCUGCUGUUUCCUCAAGUAUCAGCUACCCAGCUACAUGCGUCCUUCCAAGAUUCAGACCUGCAAAAAGCAAAGGAAUACAGAAAUAAAGAAUAUCUCAGUUUCCGUAAGAGGACGUAUACAGCUGCAGACUCCCUUAUCUUAGCUGAAGCCAACAGCCCUCUUCAGUACCCUACACAGGGUGUGGAAGUCAGACCAAGAAGGUCCAUUCUAAUUCCUGGUUUGAGUUUGAACCAAAUAUCCAAAGAGGGUCCUUUUUUGGUAGAUCUGACUGCUACAAUGGGAACAUUCAAUACGGCAGCACUGGUGGAUGGAGUACAAGUCAAAGGGGAAGGAGAGAUGCAUAUUAGUUUUACAAGCACAUCACUGGCCUCCCUGAACAGACAACUUGAGUUUGUUACCUACACAAACACACGGUUCCAUCCAAACACAGCUGACGUAGUUCAAUUUAAAGCAGGUAUAUUCCAGGCCUCCUUCACCAUUAAGAUCAGACAUCCACCAAUGCCCAAAUUCUAUAAUCCUGGACCCAAAAAUGAAUACAAUAUAAGCACUCUGGUCACAAUUGCCACAAAAACAUUUCUACGUUAUGAUAAACUUCAGGAUUUGAUCAACAGCAUUCGACAGUUCUACCCCACUAUAACUAUAGUGAUAGCUGAUGACACAGAGGAGCCUAAACCUGUAACUGGACCCUACAUUGAACAUUUUAUAAUGCCCUUUGGCAAGGGCUGGUUUGCUGGCCGUAACCUAGCCAUCUCUCAGGUAGCAACCAAAUACGUGCUUUGGGUGGAUGAUGACUUUAUUUUCACCUCAAGCACCAAACUGGAAAAAAUGGUGGAUAUUUUGGAGAGAACAACUUUGGACCUGGUGGGGGGAGCUGUCAGAGAAGUGACGGGAUACACUGCCACCUAUCGACACAUCGUCUCCACAGACGCAGGUGAUGAAGAAGGGGAUUGCUUACACAUAAGGACGGGAUUCCACCACGUUAUCGAGGGAUUUCCCAAUUGCGUGGUUGCAGAUGCCGUCAUCAAUUUCUUCAUGGCUCGCUCAGAAAAAAUACGACAGGUGGGUUUCGACCCACGUCUGGCUCGGGUUGGCCAUUUAGCAUUUUUUAUUGAUGGGCUCAGCUCCCUCCAUGUGGGUUCCUGUGAUGAUAUUAUUAUCAGUCAUGCAUCCAAGAUCAAGGCUAUGUUGCCAUGGGGACAGUCGGAGACUGACAAAACCUAUUCCAAGUUUCGUUAUGAUGCCUCUCAAGGGACUUUGAAUGAAUAUGAUCUUUAUUAUUUCAAGAAUCAUUUUAAAUGUGUUACCAGCGACUAAAUGUGAAAUGUUAAAACUUC